AUGCUUAUCGAAUCGGUCGAGAAGAGUGUCCAGGGUAUCCGACAGACAGCUCUUCAACAAGACCGCGACCGCGAUUUGAAUGGGCUGAAGCUCAUCGUUGGUAAGCUUGUAACUGUCGAUGAGACUGACGAGCGUGCAUUCUGGCUGCCUCUCGAAGACGCGCACAUCGUCCCCGCGAUUGAUGAAGGCGAGAGCAGUCAAGAUGGCGCCACUUUAAAGACAUAUUGGAUGAUAAUACAGAAGACGCAGGAGAGACCUUGUAGGACCUUUGUAGAUCCUCACGCAGGACUCGGAACCGGCUUGGACUUGCGCUUGAAUCAACUCGGUCUCGGCACUGUUUAG